AUGGGCACUUGGGAAGAAUGUGAGCUGCGGCUGAGAGGGAGGGGGAGGGAGCGCGAGUGCGGCCCGCGAGCCGGAGUGCGGCCCGCGAGCCGGAGCGCGGCCCGCGAGCCGGAGUGCGGCCCGCGAGCCGGAGUGCGGCCCGCGAGCCGGCGGUUGCAGAGGGAGCCCGGCCUCCCGCGCCCCGCGCCCCGCCGCUGCCUCCUCUCGGCGCCCGGCACCCGCUGGGCGGCGCGGCACUGCGCUGCGCGGCACUGCGCGGCAGGAGCACCCGACUGGCAACACCCAGCACUUGACUGGCAACACCCAGCACCCGACUGGCAACACCCAGCACCCGACUGGCAACACCAGCACCCCUGCACCCCCCGACUGGCAACACCCAGCACCGGGCCCCGCCCGACUGGCAACACCCAGCACCCGACUGGCAACACCCAGCACCCCCUGACUGGCAACACCCAGCACCCGACUGGCAACACCCAGCACCCGACUGGCAACACCCAGCACUUGACUGGCAACACCCAGCACCCGACUGGCAACACCCAGCACCCGACUGGCAACACCCAGCACCCGACUGGCAACACCCAGCACCCGACUGGCAACACCCAGCACCCCCUGACUGGCAACACCGAGCAGCCGCUGACUGGCAACUGUUCCAGUAGGAACCCUGACAACUGCAAUCCGGGCAACAGAGACACGCAGACUGGCAACAGUGAGUACCCCCAGACUGGCGAUUGCAAUCCGGGCAACAGACACCCCCAGACAGGCAACAGCAAACAACCACAGACUGGCAACUGUCCCAGUAGGAACCCUGAGACUGACAAAGGCCCACCCCAGACUGGCACCAGCCACCCGGGCAAAAGCCACCCCCAGAUUUGCAAGAAUUACCUCCAGACUAGCAGCAAUGCAGGCAACAGAGACUCCCAGCCUGGCAACGGACACCUCCAGACUGGCAUCAGCAAUCUGGAAGGCAGGAACCCUGAGACUGGCAAAGGGGGGCCCCAAACUGUCAACUGCAAUCCGGGCAACGGAGAUCAGCAACCUGGCAACAGAGACGCCCAGACUGACGAUAGCAAUCCUGGCAGCAAAGACCCUGACACUGGCAACGGCAAUCCAGGCAGCAGGGUUCUCCAGACUGGCAAUACUGAACCCCGGGCUGGCAACACAGAUUCCUGGGCUCGCAAUACAGACCCCCCGACUGGCAACACAGACCCUCGGGCUGGCAACACAGACGACAGGGCUGGCAACACAGACGACAGGGCUGGCAACACAGACGACAGGGCUGGCAACACAGGCGACAGAGCUGGCAACACAGACCCCCAGGCUGGCAACACAGACCCCCAGGCUGGCAACACAGACCCCCGGGCUGGCAACACAGACCUCCGGGCUGGCAACACAGACCAUCCGACUGGCAACAAUGCCCCCUGGGUUGGCAACACAGACCCCCCGACUGGCUGCACAGACCCCCAGACUGACAACAAUGACCCCCAGACUGGCCGCGCAGACCCCCAGACUGGCAAUAGCAAUCCGGGCAUCAGAGCCCCUUGGAAUGGCAACAACAAUGCGGGCAAUGGAGCCCCCCGGACUGGCAACAACAAUCUGGGUAACAGAGACCCGCAGUCUGGCAACAGAGACCUCGAGAGUGGCAUUAGCAACCCGGGCAACAGAGACCUCGAGAGUGGCAUUAGCAACCCGGGCAACAGAGACCUCGAGAGUGGCAGUAGCAACCCGGGCAAUAGAGACCCGCAGCCUGGCAACAGAGACCUCGAGAGUGGCAUUAGCAACCAGGGCAACAGAGACGUCAAGAGUGGCAUUAGCAACCCGGGCAACAGAGACAUCAAGAGUGGCAUUAGCAACCCGGGCAAUAGAAACCUCGAGAGUGGCAUUGGCAACCCGGGCAAUAGAGACCCGCAGCCUGGCAACAGAAACCUCCAGAGUGCCAUUAGCAACGCGGGCAACAGAGACUUCCAGAGUGGCAGUAGCAAGCCGGGCAAUCGAGACCUGCAGUCUGGCAACAGAAACCUCGAGAGUGGCAGUAGCAACCCAGGCACUCGAGACCUCGAGAGUGGCAUUAGCAACCCGGGCAAUAGAGUCCCGCAGACAUGCAACAGAGACGCCCAGACUGGCAAUAGCAAUCCGGGCCACGGAGCCGUGCAGCCUGGCAGCGGGAGCCAUGGGUGUGAGGCGGGGGUUGCCGGUGUGGUCAGCACUGGCCGGCACAGCCUGCAGCCCGCGGCAGCUCUCCUCGCCUCCCCAGGGCUAAGCGGCAGGGCUGGGGCGGGCCAGCCUCCCCCUCCGCCUCCGCCGCCUGGCAUGGUGCAAUCUGUGCCGGGCACCCUGCGGGGGGCGCAGGCGGCUCAGGGUUUGGGGGGCACGGCAGUGCUGCCCACCACCUGCCCGCUCCCCAACAGCGGCAAUAGCAACAGCAACGGUAACAGUAACAAGUCUCCCGGCUCCAACACCAACACCGCAGCCACUGCUGGGCAGAGGACACUCACUGCCAUCUCCUCACCACUGGUCAACCAGACCCCAACCCCCACCGUCAUCACUACAUCAUCAUCAUCGUCGUCAAUAUCGCUAGUACACAACCUCCAGAUCCCUCCAGGUAUGGUGCUUGCCCGAAGUGACAGUGGGCAACUAGUGCUGGUCCCACAGAAAGCCAUUGCCCAAGCUCAGGCUAGGGCUCGGGCUCAGGCUCAGGCAUCCGGGACUGCCUUUCCCACAGCGACCUCUAGCAUGACAUCAGUCCGAAUCUCUACUGUGCAGGCCACCGGAGCUCAGAUCAUCGCAAAGCAGGUGAAUCCGCCCAUGGGUCAGCAGGUGAAGUCAGUCACUGUUCAGCAGGUGGCAGAUGCAACCUGCAGUCAUCAGACGGCAGGUGCUGCCCAUCGCAUUACACUGGUCCAGGCUCCCAGUACAGGAGGAGGAACGCCUGUAGCAGUGGUGAGAGCGGGUAUCCCGGCGAGGGCUGUAUCGACGCUGCCCCAGAAACCAACCGUGACACCACCAGAGAGGCCCAGCACCGCCACCGCCACUCAGAGCAACACGUCUCUGGAAACGUUGGAAAAUGUGAAGAAAUGCAAAAACUUCCUGGCUACGUUAAUUAAACUAGCCUCAGGCGGAAAUAACUCCCCGGAAAUGGCCAGUAACGUCAAGGGCUUAGUGCAGAAACUGCUGGAUGGGAAGAUGGAAGCCGAGGAAUUCACGAGCCAGUUAUACAAAGAGCUCAAAUCUUUGCCACAGCCUUACCUUGUGCCUUUUCUGAAGCGAAGUCUCCCCGCCUUAAGGAUUCAGACACCGAGCUCUCAGCUCUUUGUCCAGCAAUGUCUCCAGCAACCGGCAGCUCCGGAUCUCGUCAGGAAACCAGGAGCCCUGUCUGCGGCUAAACCGCUAGGCGUAGUGCGGACUACACUGCCCAUCACUGUAACUAGCCCAUCGCAGCAGCCAAAUCACAGUCCCUUCCAGAAAAUGCAGCAGCCAAAACUCACGCAGACUAUUUCGCCAACUCCGGUGGUAAGAGAAAUGUACAACAGUGUCACAAAGCUGCUUUGCCUAACGCAGGGUGAUCCAACCUUUCGGCUGCUGAAGGCCGGAUGCCCCUAUUUGAGAAACGGCCGCGCCAAUAAAUAUUUUGGGGUUUCCCUUCCGGGGAAACGGAACCUAACAUUUUACGGGUUAUGGAGGGAGAGGGUGGGGGGAGGAACAAAAUCGGCAAAAAAGUUGGACCGCCCUGACAGUCCAGCAGUCUGGAGUUGUGGUCGUGAAGCCACUAGCGAGUGCACUGCCAAAGACUCACCUGGUGACUUUACAGAGACCUCCAACCCACAUCACUGUGCCCGUGUCCUCCCAAAUCCAACUCAGCAAGUUCAAGGAGUUUCUACACCUUCAGUUCUAAAUGUGCCAGCGUUCUCAGGAGCCAGGCAUUCGCUGCAAGCUUCCCCUGCUCAGAGGAACAAAAUGAAAGAGGUCGGAGGCAGCGUUGCUUUCAGGGAUGAGGACGAUAUUAACGACGUGGCCUCUAUGGCUGGGGUGAACAUCUGUGAAGAGAACGCACGAAUCCUGGCCACCAACUCGGAGACGGUGGGCACCAUGAUCCACUCCUGCAAGGACGAAGCUUUCCUUUCCGUGGCAACGCUGCAGAAACGAGUGUUGGAAAUAGGGCAGACGCACGGAGUGAUGGAGGUGAGCUCCGAGGUUCUGAACACCAUCUCACACGCAACCCAGGAGCGCUUGUCAAACCUCGUGAAGAAACUCAACACAAUUGCACAGCAUCGGAUGGUGUCUUAUAAGGAUGAUGUCCAGUACAGCGUUUCGAGCGAUGCCAGGACGCAACUGAAGUUUUUCGAGCAGUUGGAGCGGUUGGAGAAACAGCGAAAGGACGAAGUGGAAAGAGAAACCCUGCUGCGAUUGGCAAAGAGCCGUGUCAGGCAAGAGGACCCGGAACAGAUGAGGUUGAAACAAAAAGCCAAAGAGAUGCAGCAAAUGGAACUUGCACAGAUGCAGCAACGAGAGGCGAACCUUACAGCCCUGGCUGCCAUCGGACCCAGAAAAAGGAAGUUACCCAAUUCCCCGGCACUUGCAGCUGGCAAUGAGGGAGCAAGCGGGGGUGCGAUUGCACUUGGCGGCUUAGGAUCCUCGGUGAUGGGCCGCCUUCACGCCCGUCCGAGGUUAACACGGGUCAAUCUCAGGGAUCUUCUCUUCUGCCUGGACCAGGAGAGGGAAAUGAAGCACUCGCUGCUGUUAUACCGCUCCUAUCUCAAAUAAAAACAAAAUGCCGGCUUCGAGUCCGGAAGGGGACGACGACGACCAAAAUCCAAAUGGAUGGGAUCCCGGUGAUGUGGAGCACGCAGCACAGACAAUUCCUCGGGAUAACGGAGAGGGAGCUGUGGAUUUUGACCACCUCUCCCGUUGUCCAGAACAUGUUUAGUCUCGUCAAUACGGUCCGUUUUGUGUGUUAUAUAUUAUACAUAUAAAAAAAAAUCACGGCUUAGACGGGUAACAAUUUUGACGUGUUCCACGUAUGAGGCUAAAUUCUUUGAAAAGGGCAAAGCCUGGUAUAAGUGGGACCUUCCCAGGCAAUACUCUGGAGUUAGACUGGUUUGGGGAGCAUUCGAUUGUGUUGCAUUUCUUUUUUUAACAAACAUUUCAAGGUCGGGUGUUGUUUUGUUGGACAUCUUAGGCGAUUGUGGUUGUGAAAAGUUAACUUCGAAAAGUUAAGAAUCGCGAUGGUCUUUUUUUCCUCUCCCCCUUGAUUUUGUAUUCCACU